UUUCUUUUAAAAAACUAAACGGAAUGCUAUUUAAAACAAUUUGUUUUAUAUCAUUUAUUCUUCAACGCGACAAUAUGAAAAGACUAACGUAUUCGCUUUUGUUAUAUUGUAUUCUAUUUAGUGUUUUGGAAGAUGUUUUGGGUGACGAAGGUAAUCAUUUGGUCGAUGGUAAGAUUGUUGGUGGAGUCACCACAACUAUAAAAAAAUAUCCGUAUCAAGUGUCCCUAAAAAUGGUGAAGGGUAAUGGCUAUUAUCAAUGUGGUGGUUCUAUAAUAAGUGCAUCAUAUAUAUUAACAGCUGCCCACUGCUUGUAUGAAUUCGAAGACGUUUACGUAAUCGCGGGCAGCACUGUAUUGGAAAACGGUAUGCAGUUGGUGUCACUAGGAAACAAUUUAUUUGAGGAAGUACCAAUAUUACCAAAAACAAAGGCACGCAACUUCACAUGGCAUCCUAAUUACAAUACUUCAACUGGCGACUACGAUGUUGGUAUUGUACAACUUGAGAAACCAUUGAAACUCAAUGGAAUAAAUGAGGCUGCUAUAAGACUUGUGAAAAGCGGAACCAAUAUCAAACCUGGGACAGGGGUAACUGUAUCUGGAUGGGGUACUACUUCAGAAAACGGCGAGACCAGUGACUUAUUAAAAGAAGUAGAACUGUUUGUAGUUUCUGAUGAGGAGUGUCGUAAGCACUAUGGUAGUCGCCUGACACCGAGGAUGUUUUGUGCUGGAUUUGAUAAAGGUGGCAGAGAUACAUGCCAGGGUGACUCUGGAGGUCCUGUGGUGCUUACACGUUCGCAAGUUCAGAUUGGAAUAGUGUCUUACGGGACUGGUUGUGCUCGGGCCCACAUUCCAGGAGUGUACACAAAAAUUGCAAAUGAAGAAAUUAAAUCAUGGAUCGAAAAUAUGACUAAGGUGAAGGAAAUAAAGUUGUAUAAAAAUAUAAUAGAGAACUUCAUACAUAAUCUAAUGAAGACAAUUUCAAAAGGGGUGAAGAAGUAAUUUGACGAAAACAGCAAAAAGGUGGUGCUGCAGAAUGAAUAAAUUCAAAUAAAGAAACUUUUUAUUCUUUCAA